AUGCCACCAGCAAGAGCAUCCUUCCAUUGCUUGCAUGCUAAUAUCUGGUCUGUGUGUACGACCUUGGAAGCGAGCUAUGCUUCGAAGUUGCAUCUUCCAGACAUUAUUCUGGCGAUUGUGUCGGAGUCGUUCCGUUUCCUAGCAUCUUUCAAAGCUGAAGACUUGACAAGGACGAGCAUGGGGACUUCUCAGCCAGAUACUUGCGCAUUGCGCUUGUACAGCUUCAGGCUCAUGAUCUCUCUGCCGACGAACACAGUGCAUACUGUAGAAUGUGCUGCCAGUAGCUUCCGCUAUGAAGUCUCCGCGCAACUGUUAACUUUGACGACGUUGAACGUGGUUGCGCCUCAAGCGAUCUGCGCAGAGGGCCCUGACGAUCCGGUGGUAUCAACGCCUGCAUCCCUCACACUCCUUGGAGACAACGCCCAGUUCCACUUCGCAGCCGUGUUCGUUGGAAUGAGGAACCGGAUCACCAUCUUCAGCACCCUCUCUUCCUUCCUGGCGCAAUACUCGGCAGCGUCUUCUUCUUCUGGUGUCGGAGACUACAUCGCGGCUGGACUUCGAAAGGAUGCAUCGAGCACGACCAUAGCUUCUUCGAACUCGGUUUUGACAUCCUCAUCACCUUCUUUCGCGGCAUCCAGGAAUACCACAACCAACACUCUUUUCAUCAACAGCGAUCAUGCGGCGUUAAUAUCAUCCACAUCAUCGUCGGGCGGGAUGAGCAAUUCACAUCACUCCAUGGACGUCACCACAUCGACAGGCAGCUUUGCACCAGUAACAUCCGCGAACAGCUCCAUAUUCCAUUCAAGCACUGGAUCAACAUCAACGUCCGCGAACAGCUCGAUACAUCAUUUCAUGAACCUUGCUGCACCUUCAGUCAGCGCACACAAUCUUACGCACUCCAACAGCAGCAGAAACGCAUCAUUAGACGAUAGCUGUUGGAACUCAUGGAGCUCCCAUUGGAACUUGUUGAAUCCUAUCAAAACGACAUAUGUCACGACCGCGGUGUCAACCGACAUCCAGCCGGUAACCUCGGACAGCUCUACCGCAUUCUGGUAUGUGACCGUGGUACAGCUAACGACGGUCACUCAAUUUGAUGGCGCGCAUGCCAUUGCCACGAGUGCAUUCACAGACACUGAAACCUAUUCCUUCCCUUCCACCACGACCAUUGGAAUCAGCACUGUCACCGAGACCAUCACAACGUCAGUGUCCGCUCCAACUGAAGGCAUAACAGCGCCUCCUUGCGCAUUGCCCUCGUUUGUUCCCCACUCGCAUCCGGCCUGGUCCAGCCCGAAUGCGUCCCCCGAACGAUCGGGACGAUUCAGCCAAAUCAAACAUUCAGUAUUGAAUUCCGAAAUGAAGGAGCUACGAAGAAAGACCAAUCAGUAA